AUGGCGAUACCACAUGUGGUCCCAGCAUUGCUGGGCGCAGUAGCCAUCCUUGCGACAACAUCUAUCUUCGUCAUUCAUAUUAUCCUGGCUCGGUCAUUAGCACAGGAAACUUCUUCGCCAGUCAAGACGACAGCUAUCGUCGCCGCAGUAUUUGAGGGCUUGGCACUUCUCACAACAACUUUCAUCUUGGUGUCGAGUUACGUGGUUUCAUGCUUGGUUAGGAGGUUCAAUGGGGUAUUGUUCGGAGUUGGACUUUUUGUGUGCUCGGUAGCUGCUGCUCUAUCGAUCGCCACCUUGGUGUUGCUCAGCAAAGAUUCGGCGAAGCUGCCGACAGAGGUGGCGGGGACGAAGACGUCGGGAUUCCUGGUUGGAGGCUCGGUGGCAUUGGGAGUUACUUUUGCGGCGCAGUUUCUCUUCCAAGUCCUACAGUUCAUCAGUGUUCGGAUGGGUGAUGCGGGCUUUGCGGGAGACGAGGAAUGCCCGGCAAGGCAACAAGUCAAGGCGAUCCCCUACCAGCAAACAAACCCCAACACGGAGAAGGUCCGCUUCGAAGACCCAACUGUGCCAGGGCGGGCAACUCCUCGUCCAAGCUAUGGCCACUCGGUGGGCAACUCUCUGAGCUCGUGGCGCUCAUCACUGUACUCAGUGAUGCGUCCCGUACCCUCAAAGACCCAUCUCCUAGCGAGCAGCCAGUACUCGCUCCCUCUGCGCAUUCGCCAAUCCGACUCCAUCGACUCAACCGCCAUGCGCGAGCACCACACCGCCAUGCGCGAGCACCACACCGCCAUGCGUGAGCACCAUACCGCCUCCGUCGCCACGACCCUGAACGGCUUUGACUCCUGGGAUACCUCCUCUGUCGACCCUCAGAACCGACAAACCGUCGUCGAGGGCGCCUCCGCUUGCUCGCCAACCAUGCCACCCGCUCCCUUCCUCGAGACUAUCCCCGCUAGUCCCAUGGCCAGCGGACAACCCAGUCCUGGGCUACCUCCUACCGACAGCCAGCUAAACAUUGGCAACAGCCUGCUCAUCCCGCCCAAGAGCAUCCGCCGCCGCAGCCGCUCCUUCAGCCCCGCCUCUAUGCGGUCACUGGAGCUCGCGCGGGAAGCGUUCACCCAGCACGCGACGCACAGCGAGACGCACAUCAGCGAAUCACACAUUCACCCUCUCUUCCGAUCUGACUCGCCCACGCCCCCGGCUAUCGUGUCUCCAGGGACAGUGGUGGUAGCGGCGCCCAACGGCGGACAGGUGCUAUCAGAUAAGCAUAGCAUUCGCACCCUAGCGAGGAAGCGAAGUGGGAGCUUGCCGGCGGUGUCGAGCCCGUUGAGCAGGCAAGGAUCACUAGAGAGUUUCAGGACGAAGGUGACGAGGUAUGAGGGCGGAAGUAGACCGGGAACGAGAGCCGAGGAGUUGAGGGAGGAAGAUGAGGAGGGCUUAUCUGAUGAGGAAGAGAACGAGAACGAGAACGAGAACGAGAACGAGGAGGAUGAGGAGAAUGACGAAAGGGAUCACAUGAUGAUGAAGGGGAAGGGAAAGGCCACUGCUGUGAGCAGCCCAUCAACUUCGCCAAGACCAUCGUUGGCUCAUGAUGAUCCGGCGGAUCGAGCAAUGACGCCGCCUAUCCCAGGCUGGAUCCUCGGUGCCGGAGCGAGGACGAGCUUUUUAGGGUAUAAUCAGCGGAAAAAUUCAGGCCAAACACCUACGUCUGCGCCGGCUGAUGAGGAGGAGGAAAAUGUUGCUGGUGCUUCCGCUCGAUGA